GCAGAGGGUGUGGGUAGGUUCGCGACGUGAAGCGCGCGUCGGCGUGGCGGUAGAGUUCUCUCCCGGAGGCAGACUAUGGCGGGCCCGCUGACUGUGCCCCGGCUGCCUCCACACGACCCGGGGACGCCGGCGCUGUCGGUGGUGGACAUGCACACAGGCGGCGAGCCCCUGCGCAUUGUGCUGGCGGGGUGUCCGGAGGUGGUCGGCCCCACGCUGCUGGCCAAGCGGCGCUACAUGCGCCAGCACCUUGACCAUGUGCGGCGACGGCUCAUGUUCGAACCCCGGGGGCACCGGGACAUGUACGGAGCCGUGCUGGUGCCGAGCGAGCUGCCCGACGCGCACCUGGGGGUCCUGUUCCUAAACAACGAGGGCUACAGCUCUAUGUGCGGCCACGCGGUGCUGGCGCUGGGCCGCUUCGCGCUCGACUUCGGGCUGGUGCCGGCGCCCCCGGCCGACGCCCGAGAGGCCCUGGUCAACAUCCAUUGCCCGUGCGGGCUGGUGGCCGCCUUCGUGGAGUGCGAGGGCGGCCGCAGUCGCGGCCCGGUGCGUUUCCACAGUGUCCCGGCCUUUGUGCUGGCCGCAGAUUUCCUGGUGGAUGUUCCCGGUCAUGGAAAGGUGGUGGUGGACGUUGCAUAUGGUGGUGCAUUUUAUGCAUUUGUUAGUGCUGAAAAGUUAGGACUCGAUGUUUGUUCUGCAAAGACAAGGGACCUCGUGGCUGCGGCAAGUGCGGUGACAGAAGCAGUGAAGGCUCAGUUUAAAAUUAAUCAUCCUGACAGCGAAGAUCUUGCUUUUCUAUAUGGAACUAUAUUGACAGAUGGAAAAGACACUUACAGUGAGGAACCAACCACCAAUAUCUGUGUGUUUGCAGAUGAACAGGUUGACAGAAGUCCUACUGGCUCAGGAGUGACAGCUCGAAUUGCCCUUCAGUAUCACAAAGGGCUUCUAGAACUGAACCAGACCAGAGCCUUUAAAAGCAGUGCAACUGGCUCAGUAUUCACAGGGAAGGCUGUGAGGGAAGCAAAAUGUGGUGAUUUUAAAGCUGUCAUAGUGGAAGUAUCCGGACGAGCGCAUUACACAGGUACCGCAAGUUUUAUAGUAGAAGAUGAUGACCCACUGAGGGAUGGAUUUCUUCUCAAAUAACUUCUAUGGCUUGUAAGGGCUUUCUUUUCCUAGAAAUGUUAUCAUUUUUUAUUUUUCUCUGAAUUAUGUGGAAAACUAUAUCCAAAUUGUACACGUAAACCAACUGAGAUUCUAAAAUACUGUGGCUAAAUAUAAAGUCAUUAUUCCUCAGCUUGUACAUGUAUAUUGGUAUACUAUCACUUACAGAAUACAAAGUAUCCAAAAUGCAGAAUACUUUUCUAAUUGUGAACACAUCAAGUAAAAUUAAAACUUCAGUUCUUCUUGCUUACUUAGUUCUUAUUACUCUGUGGUAGUCACUGUGAUAUUUUGUUUUAAAUGCUCUAAGCUUUAACUGUAGCCCUCACAGCAAUGGGUCUUACAAGUUCAUUAUUUUAGUCUUCCAGUUUUUGAGUAAAAUCAUGCCCUCUCUCUGGAGAAGGAACUGGCAAUCCACUCCAGUAUGCUUGCCUGGAAAAUUCCACAGUCAGGGAGGCCUGGUGGGCUUCAGACUAUGGGGUCGCAAAGAGUCAGACAUGACUGAGCACACAGUACAUGCCCGCUCUCUAGGCAUGAUGCAAGGGAGACAUAUCAGUCAACACUUAGCAGUCUUAAACUGGGAAGGAGGGGGGUGGUCAGGUUCCUUGGGUGGAAGUUGUUGUAGCUGCUCUUGGGAUGUCCUCUACGCUAGAAAGACCAGCUCCUAUCCCCAUGAACUUGAGAGAAGACCAAGAAUCAGUCUUUUGAUAUAUCAUUAAGGCUCUUAUAAAAGGGUUGUUUAUUGCAUUUAUUUAAGUAUAGGUAUACAGGCAGAGUCAAUCAGUGAAUCUCUAUAGUGGGGCAAAUCUCAUACUCUACCAACUACAUGCUAGGUAAUUUAAAACAUGAAAGAAAUGUUAACUGUUGGCAUUCUUGCUAGUUAAUUGUCUGUGAGUCUGUCAAAAUAAAAUUUGAUCAUUAUCAGUCAUUAUAAAAUGAAAUGCUAAAAAUUAAUCAACAUGUGAUUCUCUUAA